AUUAAGCCCGGUUUUCCCGGAACAUGGCUCAAUUCUUCAGUCUUAACUGUUUUUCUGCAGCAUGUUGAAGGCAAGAGACAGGAGGGCUGCCUCAGGGAUAUUCCAGACCACCUCCUACAGUCCCUGUCUCUGUAUGAGAGACUGGACGCUUCGUUCAAUGCAAUAACUGUCAUUCCCAGCAAGCUUCCUCUGCAACUUCCACACCUGAACCAUCUCGACCUGUCACACAAUCGCCUUCAUACUCUCCCGGACAACAUCUGUCUGCUCCUGCACCUAGAAACUCUGCUGCUCCGGUUUAACAACCUCAAGUAUCUGCCUGCAUCAUUAUUCCGGUUAAGAAGACUAGCAAAACUAGAUCUGUCUCACAAUCGGAUUAAAUUAAUUGAUGGAGAAUUUCAUAAGUUGGAAAGUUUAGAAAAACUUGAUUUGUCAUCAAAUAGAUUAAAAGUGUUACCUGUGACAUUAGGUGGCUUGAAGACUCUGAAGGUGUUAUUAGCGAGUGAUAACAGAUUCUUAGAACCACUGCAGUCUGUGACUGAGAGAGGAUCAGAAGAAUUGUUGUCUCAUCUUAGAAAAAACUUUAAUCUCUCUGGUCAGAGCUUAGAACUUUUGUCCAAUACAGCAGCAAACACGUUUCCUAGAGUGCGGGGAAAUCACCUACAGACUUCUGUUCCAAAUCCGCACUCUGCACAGGUGCAAUACAUACAGUCCCAAACACACACGGCAAACACAUCGAGUCGAAUCAAAACUCCGCUGUUACCACCUCCCUCUGGGUCUGAUCUAGAGGCCUUCACUCUCAGAGACAGGAUUUUAGGUUUGAUUUAUGGUGCAGCUAUUGGCGAUGCUCUUGGACUUGCCACCUGCUGCAUGACGUCGGACCAGUGCCGCUUUCACUACAGCAAUGAGCACCUAGCGUAUGAAGACAUCGUACAGGAUGAGCUAAGAGUGCGUUGGAAGAAAGGCGACUGGACCUCCAACUUUGACAUGAUGGUGUUGCUGCUGGACAGCAUCGUAGGCUGGGCUGGUGUGAUAGACGAGCUGGAGUACGCGAGGCGACUCUAUGACUGGUGUCUCCAUGGCAACGCUGAGAUAGGGGAGACAACUGGCAUUGUACUCAGUGAGACCAUCAGAGAGGUUAUAGAACACUCUGAGUUUCUGAAGAACCCACAUUCGGCUGCCCAGAAAAUAAUAGAGAAAUCCACGGUGCAUGUGUAUGCAGUUGACCCUCAGUGUAACGCCAAUGAAACUGAUGAUGAUGAUGAUGAUGAUGACUAUGACAGCAGUGACGAUAGCUUCUACAGCGACACUGAAAGCUGUCGUAAAUAUCCGCCAUUCCCCAGUUCCCACCCCUGUAUCCCGUCUCGGCAGUUUGGAACGGACAACGGUGCCUUGGUUCAGAUUGCCAUACUAGGUGUCCCAUAUUUCCACCAUCCUGACGAGGUGGAAGCGAACACAUCCAGGAUAUGUCGGACGACACACUCUCACCCUCUCUGUGUGGCCUCGUGUGUUGUCACCACUAGUCUGGUCUCACAGAUGUUACAGGGUAGGAACAGUUUGAGCUGUCACAAGUCCCUGGAGGAAAUCCUCAGCUGUGCUAUCACCAAGGCAACCAAGUACCUUGACAACAGCGAGCAAAUUGAAGAGCUCAAUAGAUAUGUCAACUGCUCCUCUAUACAAAACCUGACUGUGGGGGAGCAGUACAACAUGUCGUAUGUCCUCAAGGCCUUAGGAGCGGCAGUACUUGCAGUCAAGUCACCUCUCUCAUACAAGUCUUUCAUGUUGAAUUUAUUUAUGGAGGGAGGUGACAGUAACAGCAAUGGCUGCGUGGCUGGUGCUAUUCUGGGUUGCAAAGUUGGCUAUUCCAAGUUACCCCCUGAAUGGUUAAAUGGACUUCGCAAACAAGAAACAGAAUGGCUCAAUUUGAAAAUUAAUCAUUUAUUAGACAUGAUCGGUCUUCCUUAAUUAUGUCUCCAUCUAAGAAGCGGAGGUUUAUAUGUUGCAUUGCACCUUUAACCAACAACCAUGCAAAUUGGUAUGAAGGUAACUAUUGAGAAGAGG